UAGACUGUAUUUGUCACCAAAGCCGGAAACUGCGAGACGCGUGUUCUGCACUUCGAUCACCCCCACCCGAGCUCGUCUCUCCUGCUUCUCCUGCUCAUAUCUGCGUCCCCGUGGGCGGCAGCGCAUACACACUCCUUGGAUGCGGCCUCAGCUGAUCUCACGUCGGACACGGUCUCUGGUAAACACCCAGCCUAUUCGCCACCGUGCUCCGCUCUCGUCUACUCACGCACUACGCUAUCCUCGCAAAGAUUCAGCUGCUGAAUCGCAGACAAGUCCUUCUCUCUCGAGAGGAUCGUCAUCUCCAGCCGCAUCGCCCUCCGGAGACCCAAAUGGCCCUAUCUUUUCUUUUGCGGCUGAUCCCAGUGGGCCGCCGCCAGAUGAGCCCGAGGAAAGGCCCAAACGCAGCAGCAGCAAAAGCAAAGCAUCAGCUUCAAGCAAGGAUGCAGAUGCCUCGGUCGCUCUUCCCUCUGGAUUAGAGAUACUAUGGACACCUGAAGAUGAACCUUCCCCAGCUGGACUCGUACAGCAAGAACUCCCGCGACCGGAGCUGUUUGACGAGAUCUUGCACAACCUGCAUAUCACGCUACAUCCUCAAACUCAGCAUCGCGCCGCGUAUCCCGCAUCAGGUAGCCCCGUCGAGCCAACAUUGGCCCUGUAUUCCCCGAUAGAAGGAGGAGACAAUUAUAUCGACAACACCGUACGUGAGAUCGCUCGUCAGGCUGGCGCGGACGUGGUCGUGCUGGAUUCUGUCCAGCUUGCAGCGGGUGUUUGUGGGCAUUUUGGGCAAGCUGCUGCCGCACUGCAGCUUCCUAACAACCCCCUGCACUUUCCAUCGACAACUCCAUCCAUAUCGAGGAAUAAUGCGCGAGCUAUGUCAUCGUUCGACGAGGACGAGGACGACGUUCACCCUUUUUUCAUGCCGUCGCGGAUGACUCUGCAGCUGCUAACGCCUGUACCUUCUCGAGGAGCCCGAGCUGCCAUGGCACCCACUGCCAGAGGUGGCUCAACGGCCAAGCUCAAAGCAUUCUUUGACAAACUGAUAAAUGUGAGCGCUUCUCCUCGGAGCUCAAAAACCUCCAAGUCAGCGUCGCGGAGACCACGAAUAAUAUACGUCCGUGAUUUCUCGACGCUUGCACCAUCGUCCUCGAUCUGGUGGUCCGCACUAUUAAAGGCUGUGCAACAGCGAAGAGCAGGUCCAAUAACAAAUGUGACGUCGCCAGUUGCCUUUCCGACGACUAUCGUCUUCGGCAUCACACCGUCGAUUGUUGCACCACCGUCGACGCCCUCCUCAGGUUCUGGUCAUCAAGGGCUCUUCAACGUUUUGACAUCUCGUCAGGCUACGUCUUCUUCUGCGACUGCACCGGGCAAGCAGCCGAAGUCGGAAUACGGCGAAGACGCUGUCAGCGACAAAGCUAGGGAAAAGCGCACAAUGAACAGACUGAAGAGAUGGGCCCGCGGAGACCCUUCCCCACAAGACAUCCCGCAGCUGUCUGCCAGCGAGGACAUGGAUGAAUCUAGCAAUGGCAACGGUAAACCCGACGUGAUGUUCCUAGGUGGGCCGGAAAAUGGCGGCUUGCCAUCGGUGAUGAGCGCAAUACAUGCCGCUGUGGCUGGGCGCAAUCGUAACUCACCGUCCGCGGACAACGAUGUUCAAACUCGCUUUUUCCGGACAUCGCUUCUAUUGCCGAAGGUCCGCGACAUCUCGCUCGAACGGGCCACCCGCGUUUCCCGGCGUAGGGAGAUCAACGAGCUGACGAUGCGCAUGGCCAUCGCAGCUAUCGGGUUCCACCUUGACAAGAUGGAGCCCGCCAGCAAAACCACGGAUGACCCGAGCGUCCGAGAGAAAGAGCAGCACAUGUGGGAGGAGUGGGGCAAGGCCGUCGUGCCCUGGUCCACCGUGCGGCGCAUUGCAGAUCGUGCGAUCGGUAGUCUGAUUGCCAAGAUGAGGGAGGAGGGAAAGACCGUCACCACGCUUCAGCCCACCGAGGUGCAGUGGCUCACGGUAUACGAGGCGUGGGAGGGGGAGCAGGCGGCGGAGCAGAUGAGGAAGUCUAUUAUCACUGAGUCGCAUAGCAAGAUCUUGCAUGAGAUUGACGAAGAUGAGGAGAAGGCCGAGGAGGAAGAAGAGGACGAGGACGAGGAUGAGGUUGUGGAGCGCAUCAAGCGGGAUCCUGAACUAGAUCCUCACGAAGCGCGACUAUUGGGCAGUAUCGUUGACACUUCAUCGCUCACUACCACGUUCGGUCAAGUGCAUCUUCCGGAUCACACCAUUGAUUCUGUACGGACCAUAGUCUCCUUACCGCUCCUGCAUCCUGCUGCAUUCCAGCAUGGUCUUCUGAAGGAGCAUGGUAUGACUGGCUGCCUCCUCUUUGGGCCGCCGGGCACGGGUAAGACACUAGUCGUCCGAGCGCUUGCAAAGGAAGCGGGAUGUAGAAUGUUGGCGAUCACCCCCUCCGAUGUGAUGGACAUGUACGUUGGAGAAGGAGAAAAGCUCGUAAGGGCAGUAUUCUCGCUUGCACGCAAGCUUUCACCUUGUGUGGUGUUCAUUGACGAGCUAGACGCUCUGUUUGGUGCCCGAAGUUCGCGAGACACAGGCGGUGCCAUUGCUCAUAGAGGAGUCAUCACCGAGUUUAUGCAAGAGAUGGAUGGCCUGAAGUCGUCAAGAGACAAUGUCAUUGUCAUUGGCGCGACCAAUCGACCUUUCGACCUCGAUGAUGCGGUGUUGCGUCGGCUUCCUCGAAGACUUCUAGUUGAUUUGCCUGGGGAGAAAGAGAGAGAAGAGAUUCUCAAGAUCUUGCUCCGAGACGAGGCGUUGGCCGAUGAUGUCGACUUGAAGACUCUAGCGAAAAAGACAGAGAGCUUUUCCGGCUCGGACCUCAAACAUCUUUGUGUCUCUGCGGUCCUGGAUGCGGUGAAGGAGAAGGUCGACGUUCCCUGGCGUCCAUCAAGCAAUGCAGCUCCACCGGCAGCACCACUUGCCACCACGGACGCUUCCCAGGAAGCGAAGACCGAAGCGAAGAUCGAAGCUCAGGUCGAAGCUCAGGUCGAAGCUCAGGCCGAAGUUCAAGUCGAAGCCACGGCCGCCGAUGCUCCCGAAAAGCCCUCGACCGUGACUGCUGAGCCAUCUGCCGUAGAAACCACAGAAGCUAAGGCCGAAGGGCAAGAUCUCAGUGCUCCUGCUAUCACAGUGGCCCCUGCCCCGUCCUACGCACGGACCAUUGCCUGGCGCAACUUCGAAAAGGCAUUGAAGGAGAUCACGCCAUCCGCCUCUGAGUCGCUAGGCAGCCUCGCGGAUCUGCGUAAAUGGAACGAGGAGUUCGGCGAGGGACGCAAGCAGCGCAAGCGGGUGGUCUGGGGCAAGGGCAGAUUCGGGUUCACCAUCGAGCCCCCGGACAAUCAAGAGCCGGGGAAGGUGGCCGUGCCGACAACUACAAGUGCUGACAAUACUGAACAGUAGACUAACAUACAGCAUUCUAAAUUCUAACAGUCUCGUACAUCAUGUACCUC